GCAUCAUCCCAGUGUGUGUUGUUUCCUUGAGUACACGUAAUGAGGUAGGAGGAGAGGGGUGUGUCCUGCAGAGUGCGGGAAAGCGUUUCCCUCUGUUAGGAGCCAACUGCACUCAGAGCGCCAGCCGUGACUUCACUGCAGCAGCCAUCAGCCUCUCGCAACCAGAGCUGCCCUCCUCUCCUCCUCAUCACUCUGCCACUCCUGCAGCAUUGAUCUCUGAACGGGACACUGGCCUGCAGCUCACUCACUGAUUCUGCAUGACUGUCACAAAGAUGUCAUGGCGCCUGUCCUACCGAAGCUCCAAGUUUCGAAAUGUCUAUGGGAAGGUAGGCAGCCGGGAGCACUGCUACGAUGGAAUCCCCAUUACCAAGAACGUCCACGACAACCACUUCUGUGCUGUCAACACCAAGUUCCUGGCUGUGGUCACUGAGAGUGCUGGUGGGGGCUCAUUCAUCAUCAUUCCUAUUUCCCAGUCAGGUCGUCUAGACACUCACUAUCCGAAGGUAUGUGGCCACCAUGGCAAUGUACUCGACAUCAAGUGGAACCCCUUCUUUGAAAACGUCAUAGCUUCAUGCUCAGAGGACAGCUCGGUGCGCGUAUGGGAGAUCCCAGACGGCGGCCUGAGGCGCAACAUGACCGAGGCUGCGCUGGAGCUAUAUGGUCACAGCAGACGGGUGGGUCUGAUCGAGUGGCAUCCCACCAGCAAUGGCAUCCUAUUCAGCGCUGGCUAUGAUUAUAAGAUCCUGAUCUGGAACUUGGAGAUCGGAGAGCCAGUAAAAAUGAUUGACUGCCAUACAGAUGUCAUCCUUAGCAUGUCCUUCAACACAGACGGCAGCUUGCUGGCCACCAGCUGUAAAGACAAGAAGCUGCGAGUCAUUGAGCCUCGCUCUGGCAGAGUCCUUCAGCAAGCCAGCUACAAGAACCACCGGGUAAACCGAGUGGUUUUCCUGGGCAACCUCAAGCGGCUGCUCACCACAGGCGUCUCUCGUUGGAACACACGUCAGAUUGCUCUUUGGGAUCAGGAGGAUUUGUCCAUGCCAUUGAUGGAAGAGGACAUUGAUGGUCUCUCAGGAUUGCUGUUUCCUUUCUACGACUCUGACACUCACAUGUUGUACCUGGCAGGCAAGGGAGAUGGCAACAUCCGUUACUUUGAGAUCACGACAGAGAAACCAUUCAUCCAGUACCUAAUGGAGUUCCGGUCCCCGGCCCCUCAGAAAGGAUUAGGCGUGAUGCCAAAGCGUGGUCUGGAUGUGGGAGCUUGCGAAGUGUUCCGCUUCUACAAGCUGGUCACGCUGAAGGGCUUGAUCGAGCCGAUUUCAAUGAUCGUACCAAGAAGGUCAGACACAUACCAAGAAGAUAUUUACCCAAUGACGGCGGGAACAGAACCUGCACUCUCAGCCAUUGAGUGGCUCAGUGGCAUCAACAGAGACCCCGUCUUAAUGUCCCUUAAGGAUGGCUACCAUCGGCCAAACAAGUUGGUGUUCAAGGCCCCCGUGAAGAACAAAAAAAAUGUGGUCGUGAAUGGCAUCGACUUGCUUGAGAACAUUCCACCCAGGACAGAAAAUGAGCUCUUGCAGAUGUUCUUCCGGCAACAAGAUGAGUUGCGGAGGCUGAGGGAGGAAUUGAGCACCAAGGAUGUGCGAAUACGCCAACUGGAGCUGGAACUCAACAACAUGAAGAAUUUCAGCCCCAACAUUUGACCUCUGACAAAGCUGCCUGCUUUGCCUCUAGUUUGGACCUCCCAAACGCUUUGAAGCCCCCCUCCAUGUUUGACCUUAUAUGUCAACCUAACUCCAGCUGCCCCACCUCACAUAUACUACAUUGUCACUGAACAAUCUUUUUUUUUUUUUUUUUUUUUUU